GCCUUACUAUCCGAUCUCAGGACGCGUUCCCCAGCGUAACAGACGCUUAUUGCUCGGAUGGCUACAGCAAUAAUGGCUGCUAGCCCUGCCGUCCAGAUUCGUGCGUCAGUCGGGCUCUAUAUAUCCAAUACGUAGCUCCCACUGUGGUCAAUACUCUCUCCCCUUUUUUUCCUUGCCUCAAAAUCCUCUUCAACAUCAAACAUGUCGCCCUCAAGAGACACGAAGCGCGCGGUGCGCAUCGCCGGAUGCUCUGGCGGCUUCACUGAUCGAGCUCUGGCUAUUACGCGGAUGGCUGGUGACCCAGAUGUUGACGUUGUCAUCGGAGACUGGCUGUCGGAGAUGACCAUGACUCUACAUGGAUCUGGCAAGCAGAAGAAGCUGGCAAAGGGCGAGUCCCAAAAACUACCCCUUGAGGAGCGCAUGAAAGGUGCCAUGUAUGCGGACACCUUCCUACAAUGCUUUGAACCGGCCAUCCCGAACCUCGUCAAGAAUGGAACCAAGCUAGCUGUCAAUGCUGGCGCCAGCGACACCGAGCUUCUUGCAGAAGUCUGCGUUAAGAUGUUGAACGACCAAAACGCCGGUCAUUUGAAGGUAUCGUGGAUCGAGGGUGACGAGGUGACCCCCCAAGUGAACAAACUUAUUGCAAAGGGCGAGAAGUUCGAGAGCUUGAUGCACGGCAAGAAGCUUGAGGAGUGGGGAAUGGAGCCCGUGUGCGCGCAAGCUUACCUCGGAGGUCUCUGCAUUGCUGAAGCUUUCCGGGAUGGUGCGGACAUCGUCAUCUGUGGUCGAGUUGCUGAUGCUGCUCCUGUCAUCGGUGCUGCUGCAUGGUGGCAUGACUGGAAGGUGGAUCAGUAUGAUGGGCUCGCAGCUAGUCUCAUCGCCGGUCACUUGAUCGAGUGUUCAGCCUACGUUACCGGUGGUUAUUACUCCAUGUUCAAGGACCUUAUCAAGGCUAACAAGCACGUCAAUAUGGGAUUUCCUAUUGCGGAGAUAGAGUCUCACGGAGACUUUAACCUCGCCAAGGAAAAGGACACUGGAGGGUGCAUGACUGUGGCGUCGGCGACUUCGCAACUUCUCUACGAGAUCCAGGGUCCUUUGUACUACAACUGCGACGUGGUAGCUGAUAUAACCAACAUUAAGAUGGAGCAAAUAGGGGAGGACCAUGUACGCGUGACGGGCAUCAAGGGUCUUCCUCCACCACCCACCACAAAGAUCGGCAUCACUGCCCCUGCCGGCUGGCAAUGCGAAUGGCACAUGUUUAUCUGCGGCCUCGACAUUGAAGAAAAGUGUAAAAUCACCGAAGGUCAAAUCCGCUACGCUAUGGGCGAGGAGAAUAUCAAGCGCUUCACCUGCCUCAACUUCCACCAGAAUGGCUCUUCCGUCAUCGACGGCCGCAACCAAGACGUCGCAACCGUCGACUUCCGCAUCUUCGCCCAAAGCAACGACCCUGAGCUUCUCCGCCCCGAUAUCCCCAACGCCUUCAACCGAUGGUGUCUUGAGGUCUUCCUCCAGAGCGCGCCUGGUCUCUCGCUCAGCAACGAUCUACGCCAGAUCGUGCCGAAGCCGUACUACGAAUACUGGGUCGCCUUGAUGCCGCAGUCAGAGAUCAAUCUGAAUGUGCAUAACUUGUUCGGCGAGAAAACGGUCAGGAACCUAGGUUUCCCCAAGGUCACCAAGGAGUACCCCCGCCAACAAACCUCCUAUGAAACCUCGAACCCCGUAUCCCUCGACUCCUUUGGCGAGACCGUCCGCGCACCCCUGGGCUACAUCGUCGCUGGGCGCUCUGGCGACAAGGCCUCCGACUGCAACGUUGGCUUCUUCGUGCGACACGAUGACGAGUGGGACUGGCUGCGAAGCUUCCUGACCAUCGACCGGAUCAAGGAGCUGCUUGGGCCGCAGGAGUACAAGGGCAAGCCGAUUGAUCGGUUUGAGCUGCCAAAUAUCAACGCGGUGCAUUUCUUGCUGCAUGAUCAUCUGGAUAGGGGGUAUAAUGCUUGCUCGACCUAUGAUACGCUGGGGAAGAAUGCGGGCGAGUAUAUGAGGGCGAAAACGAUUGAUAUGCCGAAGAAAUUUUUGGAUAGGGGUCGGAUUUAGGAUGUUGUAAUAAUUAUUUUCUAUUUUGGGGCUUGACUCUUGUACUCGAUAGGCGUUUCGUUGCGAAAACUUCGUCAUUCAGUUCAAAUUUCUGUCUUCUACAAGCAGCUCCUAGAUCAUAUGAACGUCGUAUGACCACCG